UGCUUUUCUAGUCGUCCUGCCAAGCUCCGACGUUCAUUCCAGGCAGAUCCGCCAAAGCUAAAAGGACGCGAACAAAUCGCGCUACAAUUUUCAAAAGGACGAAGAAAAAUCGUUCGAACGUUCGACGAAGUUCAAACUCGUUCAUUCUAUCUGUGUGGUCACAAUAGAUAUUAAGAUGCUUAAUAGUUGGACGUGUUUGUUAAUACUUUGCACUUUAACUGCUCUGAGCUUUUCCUUACCCACGAGUUUGAAUAAAGAUGCGAAGAAAACUGAUCAAAUGAGAAUAAAACGUGAGCAACAUCAUCCUAUCGAAUCGAACAAAAAUUUUGUAAAAGAUAUCACAAAAUUUGUAUCCCUAGCGAAACGAGCUCAGGAAACGUUGAUGUUCGGAAAUCAACAAAAUCGACAGCCCGAAAAUAGAGGCAACCCGUAUGUUUCAAGCACAGAAAAAAGAGCAUUAAACGCGGCAGGAUUAGAUAGUUUAAAGAUGUCCCUUACGAAAGAGAACAAGUUCCCUAAUGCAAAAUCUCCGAGAAAUUCAUUGGACGAGCGCAAUGUAUACAAUCCACAUGAUAAUAAAAAUUACGAAUAUGGAAAAGUCAUAGUGACCGAAGAAGGUGACGAGAUCCCUCAAGUAUCGGACGUAGCAUCUUAUACUCGUUAUUAUAUGAACGACGAUCGGCGAAAACGAUUAGAAAAAUUAAUUCCAAAUAUUCAUACAACUACUGUUCCACCUUCGUGCACGGAAUAUCACAUGCCAUAUCCAACCCAGAACUCGCCGAUUCAAACGAAAAAAAGCAUUCCUAUCUACGCGGAACCACGUUAUAAACGCGAAGUGGAAAUUCACCCUGAACCUGUAUGGAAUCUUUUAUCAAUGUGGGGAAACGGACAUCGCAACAGAUAUACGAACGAGGAAUACGAUAACGAAGAAGAUGGUGACCUUAUAGAAGAUGAAGAUCCCAGAAAUGCUCUAGCUUGGAUGAAUGCUCCUGGAUAUUCUUCGUAUCGUUAUGGUACAGAUACCCUUCCACCUUCUGAAAUCGGUAUCGUGCACACUCAUCCAUCUGCUUAUUAUGAUCAAUAUGAAAAUCAAUACGGACAACAGUUCGAUAAUGGUGCGCACCCUUAUAUCAAUCAAUACGGAUCUCUUUAUUCUCAAGAUUCAUAUUAUCCCACAGAGAGGAAAUAUAUAACUGCAAAAAAACGAACACCGAGUUACGAUUCGUACAUUAAUGUAGUUCCACUACAAAUGGGUAUCCGACCACGUGUUUAUCCUCCCUAUCCUCAUCAUAUGGUUUAUUAAAUUAUUAGUCUAAAUUAAAAGCAUAUUUGAAGAAUUUUUAAUUUCAUCAGGAAUAUUGGACAAAGAGAAAAGAGAGUUUGUAAAACUGUUACGUACAAGCUCAUUAUUAUUUGGACAAAUUGUACGACACGUUUCUUGUAGACAUUUCUCUCUUAAACUAUAUAAUAAUCCUUUAUCGCAAAUGAGGAGAGUGCCCGAGAGUUAAAGACUAUUUACUUUAAGAAACACGGUGCUGGAAAAGACUUAUUUCAAUUUGCAAGAAUUUGCUGAAAUAGAGCUGGUUUCUUUAAUAAACCAUGUUUGCGCAUUUGCGAUUAUAUGCGCAAGAAUAGAUAGAAAUGUAUGUAUUACGUAUGAAUUUUCUACAUACUUUUAUUUUUUUUUUUUAUAAUUUCAUCAACACGUUUUUUAACAAUUAAUCAAAAUUAUGUAUAAUAAUAAUUAAUCGAGAGAUUUUAUAUAUUAUUUUAUACGUUAAGUUAGUUUUUAUUUUUUUUUUUUUUUAAAUAUUCGACUUACGUUUCAUUAUUUCAUUUUAAUUUCAAUUUUUCUAUGAAGAAAAGACUGCUAUUACUUGCAUGACGUACAAAUGCAAUUUGUAGAUAGGAAGUUUUACCUGCCUAAAUACACACGAGUAAAAAAAAUAAAGAAAAAUAAAAAAUAAAGAAAAAGGAAUUAUUCUUCAGCACGUUCUUGCAAUUUGUUAUUUUAAAUUAAAAAACUUUUUUCAAGUAUUCUCUGAUGAAGUUCCACUGUUAUCAUACGAUCGACGACUGAACAAUGAUAAAAUUAAAAAAAUUUAAUUUCUAAUGUUUUUACAAUUAACCGUGUAAUUAUAACGAGAUUAUUACAUUCAAAAAAUUGAUAAAAGGUAUGAAUCUGAGUUAAGAUAAGUAACUUUUUGCAUAAUGAAAUGAUGAUUGUAAAAUUUUCAAAAACAUAUUCCACACUUAUUGUUAAAUAUAUUUGAUAUAUAUAUAUAUAUAUAAUAGUCAAUAUACCUUUUAUUAAAUUGACAUUCGUCGAUUGAAGCACAAUUUCAAAAUGAUCAUCAUCUAUUUCAUAUACUCUACAAUUUUGCAACAUAUCAUUGCAUUUAUUAAAAAAUGAAAAACAAGUGCAGAUUAAUCGAAGAUAAUAUUAAUUAAAAACAAAAAUAUAAAUCAAAAAUGCGCAUUGAAAACAAAAAUAUUGUUCUACGAAUGCAAUAAUCACCAAAUUAUAUGUUUCUUAUGUUAAUCACUAACUGUUAUAUUUAUCAACUCAUUUAAGAGAAAGCGAUUUCAAAGUGUUAAGUAUCCAUAGGGAUAAGACCGAGAGUGGUGUUUAAAAAUAUUUUUCCUCUAUAUAAAAAUACAACUCACAUGGCCUUCCAUAAUAAUGUAUAUUCUGAGGAGACUGAAUAAUCGCUUUCUCAUAGAUCCGCUUAAAAUACAAAAAAGAAAUGAAUUAGUUAAUUAAUUAAAGUAAUGACUUGAAAUAUAAUAGCGCAGACUGAUGAGAAAUCAUAGCUUUUAAUGCCUUUGGUAAUCGUUUAGUAUUAUAUUUACGAUUAGAUUUAUUUAGAAUAAGUAGAUAUGAUUAUAAAGAACAAUAAUUCAGUAUUGCCAAGUAAUUAAUAUUAUAAAUAGUAAAAGUGUUUAUUACUAUAAAUUAAAUGAACAAAAAUUUAUCGACUGAGUUUGCUACCUUAUACUUUUUUAGCAAUACUUUAAAAAAAUCUAGUAAGAAAGAAUAUUAAUUAUGCUGGAGGAAGUACAAUACGAAAAAUACCAGAAGAUUACUUACUAUAAUUAAUGAAUUUAUUUUUUUUUCUCGAAGGCUGAUUGAAAUUUGAAUAUGAAAAACAAAUUAUAAUCUUCACAUACUUUUUCUUAUAUAAUUCUUUAUUUUUAUAAUGUUAUUAUUGAGUAUAAAUUCGCUUAAUACGAAAUGUAAUUUCGUCAUCAGCAAACAUGUUACUAUUUUAAUAUAUCGUCCAUCCUCUAUAUUGACGUUGUGCAGCAUAAUAUAGAUUAUUUCAAU